CGUGCUGGCAAUGUUAGGUUUUUCUGUUGGAUUCGGAAAUGUUUGGAGAUUCCCUUACUUGUGCCAAAAGAAUGGAGGGGGAUAAUGAACGACUCCACAAAUGUUACUGAAAUGAGGUACUUAAAACCUUGUGGCCGGCAAACUUCCCUCUCUCUUUCUUCAAGGCCUCCCUGUGCCCUUCCACCCCAUUCUACCAAGAUUUUGUACACAGAGAUUUCGGUCUCCACAGAAAAUACGUGGCUGGUUUAACUAAACCACUAACUUAGUUCACCAGGACUGCCACACAAUAUAUAAACCUCCACAUUGUCUCGAAGUAACCACAAUGUUGGACUGUCCCAGCACGGUGAUGUGGUCACUUCGAUCGCAGCAGAACAAGAAAGAAAACCAGAUCUCAAACGGAAAUGUUUACUUCUUCUUCAGGUGCAUUUUUGAUUCCAUACUUCAUCAGCCUGAUCUUUCUCGGAAUUCCUCUUCUAUUCAUGGAGCUUGCCAUCGGCCAAAGCCUCCGUCAAGGUCCUAUUGGUGUAUGGAAAGCUAUUCACCCCUACUUAGGUGGUGUGGGGUUUGCUUCAGCGGUUGUGUGUGUUCUGAUCUCCAUGUACUAUAACGUGAUCAUUGGUUGGUGUUUUUAUUAUUUGUUUGCGUCGUUUCAAGACCCUCUGCCUUAUUCUUCUUGUCCUGUUGGCCCGAAUUGCACCGUAAACGAAGAGUGUAAAUUGGCAGGGCGGACGCAGUAUUACUGGUAUACGAAGACGCUUGGGGCAACAACUUCCAUUGAGGAUAUGGGUGAUUUCCAGUGGCAUCUGUGUCUUGUGCUUGUAUUAGCAUGGAUUGUUCUGCUGAUCAUUAUCAAUCGAGGAGUUCAGUCUGCUGGAAAGGCGGUUUAUGUCACUGCUACACUGCCAUAUAUUGUUCUGGCUAUAUUCUUUGUAAGAGCUGUCACACUAGAGGGAUCGGUUGACGGAAUCAAACACAUGUUUAAGCCUCAGUUUUCCAAGCUAACCAGUCCUGUGGUUUGGUUAGAAGCCGUAACUCAAGUAUUCUUUUCCAUCGGUGUUGGCUUUGGUACUUUCAUCGCCAUGGCAAGUUACAACUCAAAGCAUAACAACUGCAAACGAGACGCCAUAUUUAUAUCGUUGGCUGACAGUUUUACGGCAGUCUUUGCGGCCCUGGUGGUGUUCUCCGUCCUCGGCUUUAAGGCACACGACUCAUAUACCCAGUGUUUGACACUAUAUGGUGGGGUCAACAAUACUAAACUGCCCGCUGAAGUGACGCUUGAGAAACAAUGUCAUAAUCUGGAACACUGGCUAUCUAAGACUUUUAAAGGUUCUGGCCUCACUUUCAUUGCCUUUACUGAAGCGAUACUGUUGAUGCCGGCUUCACCGCUAUGGUCUGUUCUUUUCUUCGCCUUGUUGUUGUCUCUUGGUCUUGGUAGCAUGUUCGGUAUACUAGAGGGCGUGCUUAACCCGCUACACCAACAGAAGGUACUGCCCCUGCGUAAGGAAAUACUAACAGGUCUUACAUGCCUUAUUUGUCUGGUUGUUGGACUGCUAUUCUGUCAGACGUCUGGGGAGUACUGGCUGCAGAUGUUUGACAGUUUUACUGGAACACUUCCGCUUCUGUUCAUCUGUUUCUUCGAACUUAUUGGAGUUGCAUGGGUGUACGGUACUAAGAGGUUUUCUGACGAUUUAGCGUACAUGCUCCCCGAUAGACCCGGAUGGUUCUGGAUGAUAAUGUGGAGAUUUAUGUCUCCUGUGAUAGUCUUGGUGAUCUUUGUCAGCAGUAUAGUUAACAUGGCAAUGAAGCCAGCCACGUACUUUGUUUGGAGACCAAAUAAGGCGGAAGUGGAGAGCGUUCAGUACCCCUUCUGGUGUUACCCCAUCAUUGCUUUCCUCAUCUGCGCAUCCUGUCUCUGCAUACCUGUGGUCUUCCUUGUAAAAUCAUGUCAACGUCUUAUCGCCAAGAGGAGAGGAUAAAAACCCACAAUCACGUGUUUGUUAUGGGUUCACUAACACACUAAUGACUAAUCUCCACAACCGAUUCAUCCUUGUCUCUACCAUUAAAAAGUUAAUUUGAUAUCGUGACAUUAACUGCACAUCUGAGAUUCUGUAGACGUUUAAAACAUGUGGCUCUUUAAAUGUACUAAACAUUCUGCUACGAAGACCGCAAUUUUUAAUCUCGCGUGGCAACCCGGCCGCCCGGUUUUGAUUUGUCAUUCCUACUCCCAAAUUUCCAUUCCUGGCAGUCGUUUCGGAAAAUUAGGAGUAACCAGAAAUAAAUAGCCCCUGGAGCUGCACAAAAGGCACUGUAGACUCAAAGCAGCAGUUCUCUUUGAAUGGUUGAGGUUAGCGUGUGCGGCCAGUUACCGAGCUAUUAGUAAAACGGCGGCGUCCAUGGUCAGAUUUUCAACACAUUUGAAAAAAAGUUCAGGAGAAAUUAUAACGUGGUUAGCGGUAAAGUUUGGAUAUACUUUGCUCUGGCGGAAAUAGAAACUGCGCGUUAUGUCCCGAGAGCAUUCAGUUUUCCUUACAAGGGCAUGAGAAGCCCGUUUAUCUCAGCGCAGGCUUUAUUAUUGGAGUUGUAUAGCAGAGUAAAGUCAAAGUAGUUUCACUGUUUAUCAUGUGGUUCGUAUUUUUUCUUGAUUAAAACUUUUCGUUCUGUCUCGAACUUAUCGUAAAGAGUAUCAUUGUAAAUUUAGAUUUAAUCAUCGGCUACAAGGGCGGAAAUGAGUCUCUCUGUGCAUUUGCUUUUCUCCUUACCCUGUUACGAUACUGAAAGACGCACUUUUCAAAUGACAGCUUCCACUGAUUAUACUUUUUCUUAAUAGAAAGUAUUAGUCGAGAAGCCUUUUACUUAAUUUGACACCUUUAUUGCACUUUUUAAUACCGUUUGUCUGAGGCUGUACAGUUAGUUACAUUUGUAUUCGUAUUAUGGUUAUUAUAUAAUGUCAAUUAAAUCCUCUUUAGUCUGUA